AUCUCUCUAACAAACAAGUAUUCUUUAGAGCUCAACUCAAUAACCAAUAUAGUUUUCUUAGUUUACAGAGCAAAUAAUUACUUUCUGUGGUGACUUCACAAGCUCGGGGAGAUGUGUAUAUAUAGUGCGGGGUGAGAAGGCUGAGAGCCAUCCACUGAGCUCAGCAGCAACAGAUUUGCAAGUAACAAGCUACGCAGCCAUCUCUGCCAUGAAGAAAACAGGGAGCAUCGCCCUUCUUGGGCUCAUGCUUCUCGGCUGCCUUUCUGAUAUUGCUGCUGCUCAGCUCCAGAUUUUUAACAAUGCUGUUGGUCAGAUCCAGCAGUUCUCCUGUGAUGUAUACCGGAUGUCUGGGGGCAUGCUUGCUGCCUGUCCCCGCAACUAUGAACCUGUCUGUGGCACCGAUGAGGUGACCUACCCCAACGAGUGUUCCCUCUGCACAGAAAACCUCCGUAACCGAGACGUCACCAAGAAGCAUGAUGGACAAUGUGUUAGUCAGGUUGACUGUACUGGAUAUGUGAGAUCUGUCGGUGGUCUCAUGAUGCCCUGCACCAUGGAAUACACACCCAUCUGUGGCACUGAUGGAAUUACCUACUCAAACAAAUGCCACUUCUGCAAUGCUGUGGCGAACGGACUGAACUUAAACGUGCGUCACCGGGGAACAUGCUCUCAGGGUUCCAACAACGCAGGGAUUGACUGCAGUGAGUUCUCGCUUAGCAAUCUCAUCUGCCCACUCAACUUUGACCCCCUGUGCGGAUCCGAUGGCAAAACCUAUGGAAACAAGUGCCAGUUCUGCGAAGCAUUUGCAUUUAAACUGUGA